UCCCUGCGCCGUUGCCCCCCCCCCCCAGCCCCCAGCCAUGGAGAUGGGGAAGGGGAAGGGGGGAGCGGGGGGGAAGUUGCUGGUUUCCACCCUCCUGGAUGCCAAGGAUGAGCUGGAGGAGAGGCUGGAGAGAUGCGUGAGCAUCGUCACGGCGCUCACCAAUGGGCUCUCGGAGCGGGAAGCCAACGAUGCUCUCAACGCUCACAUAUGCAAAGGAAGCCCCCAGCACGAGGAGAUCUGCCUGGGGCUCUUCACCCUGGUCCUCACGGAGCCUGCUCAGGCCCAGAAGUGCUACCGGGACCUGGCCCUGGUGAGCCGGGAUGGGAUGAACAUCGUCCUCAACAAGAUCAACCACAUCCUGAUGGAGAAGUACUUGAAGCUGCAGGACACGUGCCGCACCCAGCUCGUGUGGCUGCUGCGGGAGCUGGUGAAGAACGGGGUGCUGGGUGCUGAUGGCGUCUGCAUGACCUUCAUGAAGCAGAUUGCAGGUGGGGAUGUGACAGCCAAGAACAUCUGGCUGGCUGAGAACGUGCUGGAGAUCCUCACCGAGCAGAGAGAGUGGGUGCUGAAGAGCAGCCUCCUCAUCGCCAUGGCCGUGUACACCUACCUGCGGCUCAUCGUGGACCACCACGGCACGGCCCAGCUCCAGGGCCUGCGCCAGAAGGAGGUGGAAUUCUGCAUCUCCCUGCUCCGGGAACGGUUCAUGGACUGCUUCAUGAUCGGCCGGGACCUGGUGCGGCUGCUGCAGAACGUGGCCCGCAUCCCGGAGUUCGAGCUGCUCUGGAAGGACAUCAUCCACAACCCGCAGGUCCUCAGCGCCCAGUUCACAGGUGUCCUCCAGCUCCUGCAGUCCAGGACAUCCCGCAAGUUCCUUGCUUGUCGCCUCACUCCCGACAUGGAAACCAAGCUGCUCUUCAUGACCUCGCGGGUGCGGUUUGGGCAGCAGAAGCGGUACCAGGACUGGUUCCAGAGGCAGUACCUGUCCACCCCGGACAGCCAAUCCCUGCGCUGCGACCUCAUCCGGUACAUCUGCGGCGUGGUGCAUCCCUCCAACGAGGUGCUGAGCUCCGACAUCCUCCCGCGCUGGGCCAUCAUCGGCUGGCUGCUCACCACCUGCACGUCCAACGUUGCUGCUUCCAAUGCCAAACUGGCCUUAUUCUAUGACUGGCUCUUCUUCAGCCCCGAGAAGGACAGCAUCAUGAACAUAGAGCCUGCCAUCCUGGUGAUGCACCACUCCAUGAAGCCUCAUCCUGCCAUCACCGCCACGCUGCUGGAUUUCAUGUGCCGGAUCAUUCCCAACUUCUACCCCCCUCUGGAAGCUCACGUCCGGCAAGGGGUCUUCAAUUCCCUGACCCACAUCGUGGAGAAGCGGGUCCUUGCCCAUUUGGCCCCUCUCUUUGACAAUCCCAAGCUGGACAAGGAGCUCCGGGCCAUGCUAAGGGAGAAGUUCCCGGAGUUCUGCAGUUCACCCUCACCCCCCAUCGAAGUCAAAAUUGAGGAGCCCGUUUCCAUGGAGAUGGAGAACCACAUGGCGGAGAAGGAUGACAGUUGCUAUGACAACGCCGAGGCCGCCUUCAGUGAUGAUGAGGAGGAUCUGAACAGCAAAGGAAAGAAGAGGGAAUUCAGGUUCCAUCCCAUCAAGGAAGCCAUCGUGGAGGAGCCUGUGGACAUCACCCCCUUCCUGGACCAGCUGGACGAGUCCCUGAAGGAUAAGGUCCUGCAGCUGCAGAAGGGGAGCGACACGGAAGCCCAGUGUGAGGUCAUGCAGGAAAUCGUGGAUCAAGUCCUGGAGGAGGACUUUGACUCGGAGCAGCUCUCGGGGCUGGCCUCCUGCCUGCAGGAGCUCUUCAAGGCUCACUUCCGAGGGGAGGUUUUGCCGGAGGAAAUCACGGAGGAGUCCCUGGAGGAGUCCGUGGGGAAGCCGCUCUACCUAAUAUUUAGGAAUCUCUGCCAGAUGCAGGAGGACAACAGCGGCUUCUCCCUGCUGCUGGACCUCCUCUCGGAGCUCUACCAGAAGCAGCCCAAGAUCGGGUACCACCUCCUCUACUACCUGAAGGCCAGCAAAGCAGCCGCGGGCAAGAUGAGUCUCUACGAGUGCUUUGCGCAGGCCACGCAGCUGGGGGACCUGCACACCUGCCUCAUGAUGGACAUGAAGGCCUGCCAGGAGGACGACGUGCGCCUGCUCUGCUACCUCACCCCCUCCAUCUACACCGAGUUCCCGGAUGAGACCCUCCGGAGCGGGGAGCUGCUCAACAUGAUCGUGGCCGUCAUCGACUCCUUCCAGUUGCAGGAGCUGGUUUGCCACGUGAUGAUGGGCAACCUGGUCAUGUUCCGCAAGGAUUCCGUGCUCAACAUCCUCAUUCAGAGCCUGGACUGGGAGACCUUUGAGCAGUACUGCACGUGGCAGCUCUUCCUGGCGCACAGCAUCCCCCUGGAGACCAUCAUCCCCAUCCUGCAGCACCUCAAGUACAAAGACCACCCCGAGGCCUUGUCCUGCCUGUUGCUGCAGCUGAGGAGGGAGAAGCCCAGCGAGGAGAUGGUGAAGAUGGUGCUGAGCCGGCCCUGCCACCCCGACGACCAGUUCACCACGAGCAUCCUGCGGCACUGGUGCAUCAAACACGACGACCUCCUGGCCGAGCACAUCAAAUCCCUGCUCAUCAAGAACAACAGCCUGCCCCGGAAGAGGCAGAGCCUGCGCAGCUCCAGCAGCAAGCUGGCCCAGCUCACCCUGGAGCAGAUCCUGGAGCACCUGGAUAACCUGCGCCUCAACCUCACCAACACCAAACAGAACUUUUUCAGCCAAACCCCGAUCCUGCAGGCGCUGCAGCACGUCCAGGCCAGCUGCGACGAAGCCCAUAAGAUGAAGUUCAGCGACCUCUUCUCCCUGGCUGAGGAAUACGAGGACUCCUCGAGCAAGCCCCCCAAGAGCCGCCGCAAGGCCCCCAUCGCCAGCCCCCGCAGCCGCAAGAGCACGGCGCAGCCCCCCAACCCCGAGGAGGAGUCGGCCUCCAGCAGCGCCUCGGAGGAGGAAGACACCAAACCCAAACCCACCAAGAGGAAGCGCAAGGGCUCCUCGGCCGUGGGCUCCGACAGCGACUGAUGCUUGUGGGGCAGAGCCAGGAGGAUGCUC